AUGCCUGUGCCCGAAGAGGGCACCCCGCCACCCCUGAGUGGCACCCCCGUCCCGGUCCCAGCCUAUUUCCGCCAUGCAGAACCUGGCUUCUCCCUCAAGAGGCCUCGGGGUCUCAGUCGGAGCCUUCCACCCCGGCCCCCUGCCAAGGGCAGCAUCCCCAUCAGCCGCCUCUUCCCUCCUCGGACCCCAGGCUGGCACCAGCCCCAGCCCCGGCGGGUGUCGUUCCGAGGCCGAGCCUCCAAGCCCCUGCAGAGCCCCGGGUAUGACCCGAGCCGGCCGGAGUCCUUCUUCCAGCAGAGUUUCCAGAGGCUCGGCCGCCUGGGCCACGGCUCUUAUGGAGAGGUCUUCAAGGUGCGCUCCAAGGAAGACGGCCGGCUCUAUGCCGUGAAGCGCUGCAUGUCACCUUUCCGGGGCCCCAAGGACCGGGCCCGCAAGUUGGCCGAGGUCGGCGGCCAUGAGAAGGUGGGGCAGCACCCGUGCUGCGUGCGGCUGGAGCAAGCCUGGGAGGAGGGCGGCAUCCUAUACCUGCAGACAGAGCUGUGUGGGCCCAGCCUACAGCAGCACUGUGAGGCCUGGGGCACCAGCCUGCCCGAGGCCCAGGUCUGGGGCUACCUGCGGGACAUCCUGCUGGCCCUGGCCCACCUGCACAGCCAAGGCCUGGUCCACCUUGACGUCAAGCCUGCCAAUAUCUUCCUGGGGCCCCGGGACCGCUGCAAGCUGGGUGACUUUGGGCUGCUGGUGGAGCUGGGUGCAUCCGGAGCUAGCGAGGCCCAGGAGGGAGACCCUCGCUACAUGGCCCCCGAGCUGCUUCAAGGCUCUUAUGGGACAGCGGCAGAUGUGUUCAGCCUGGGUCUCACCAUCCUGGAGGUGGCGUGCAACAUGGAGCUGCCCCAUGGUGGGGAGGGCUGGCAGCAGCUGCGCCAGGGCUACCUGCCCCCUGAGUUCACUGCUGGCCUGUCUUCUGAGCUGCGUUCUGUCCUCACCAUGAUGCUGGAACCUGACCCCAAGCUGCGGGCCACAGCCGAGGCCCUGCUGGCCCUGCCCAUGUUCAGGCAGCCGCGGCCCUGGACCGUCCUGUGGUACAUGGCUGCCGAGGCCCUCAGUCGAGGGUGGGCCCUGUGGCAGGCCCUGCUUUCCCUGCUAUGCUGGCUCUGGCACGGGUUGGCACACCCUGCCAGCUGGCUGCAGCCCCUGGGUCCGCCGGCCACCCCGCCUGGCUCGCCGCCCUGCAGCCUCCUCCUGGACAGCAGCCUCGCCAGCAACUGGGAUGACGACAGCAUAGGGCCCUCGCUCUCUCCAGAGGCCAUCCUGGCCAGGGCUGCUGGGAGCACCUCCACCCCCUGCAGUGGCUCCCCUGCCCCCCGGGGCAGGUACACGCUGAGGGAUUCUCUGGACCUAAGUGACAUUGACUCAGAGCCUCCACAGGGCACCUUCCCCGCCUUUGAGCCUCGGAACCUCCUCAGCCUGUUUGAGGACUCACUGGGCCCAACCUGA